AUGUCGAAAGAAGUUUCCAACGGUGUUCACCAUCCAGCGACGAAAAGGCCUCCGAUGCCGUCUCCCCUGCGGAACUCCAAAUUCUUCCAGGCAAGUCGAACGUGUGCGCUUCUUUAUAUUGAAAUAUGGUUUUUUGGCUAUUUCGUAUUGUUAUGACAUGAUUUUUCCAAAGGAGAAAUAUUUCGCGACUUGAAAAGAAAUAAUGCAUCGUCGAACGUAGCCAUGGUUGGUUUUUUUGAAUUAUGAGUUUUAAGUUGAUAGUCUCGCCUAACAAAAAGUAAGCCCUACGCAUGCAGUGGCUGACCGGUCGCGUCAUACAGUUUUUUAGGUUCUAGACAAAGUAGUUUUCUUUUGGUUGGUGUCUUGUUGAGAAACCUUUUCCGAAUGUUGGGUGGCCCCGAAAAUCAUCCGGUUAGUUAGUGACGCCAGGAGGGAUGAUCUUUCCAUCGUCACUUAAAUGGAAGCUGUUAAGUAGCUCUGGCUGCACUGUGUCAUCUAAGAUGCUCCACGCAUCAAUAAUAGUCCUCUUUUGUGUCUGCAUUUGAUUGAAAGAUUCUCUCUCAAAAGCAUCCUGUGUUUGAUAUCGUAUGCUUUGUUAUAGGAAGACUUUUUUGGGAAGUAUUUUUUGGCAUAACACUUUUUUGUUAUAUUUUGAAAUCUCUGCUAGCAAUGAGUGGUAUAACUCUAAUGAUGUGUUGAACGCACGGCAAUGUUUGAGCAGCUGUUUUCUCAAUAUUUGACAGGCCAACCUGAGAAUCUUGGUCACUGGUGGAGCUGGGUUCAUUGGAUCUCACCUGGUGGACAAGUUGAUGGAAAAUGAAAAAAAUGAGGUUCUCAUGUCUUGCUUCAACCGAACUUACGUUUGAAUUACGGAAGACAUUUUAUGAGUAUUUGGAGCUCUUCAAAAUAUAAUCAUGGAAUAAUCAAUUAAUCCACUUCUUCCUCUGUUCGAGAUUAAAAAAAAAAUGAAGAAGAAGAAACUGAAUACUGAUGCCAUGUGCCUCCGGUGAUGUCAGCAUUUGACGUAUCUCUAUGGUUUUUUUUAUGUGCAGGUGAUUGUUGCUGACAACUAUUUUACUGGUUCGAAGGACAACCUGAGGAAAUGGAUCGGUCAUCCGAGAUUUGAGCUUAUUCGGCAUGGUACUACAUGAUAUCCUCUAUCUUCUUUUGGAAUAUGGUGUACCCCUUUCUUCCAUCAGUUGUGUACCGUUUUGAUCCAGUUUAGCGAUUUCAACACAUGGGCAUUAGUUCUUUGUCAGAUAUUCCACAUAUCAGUCAUAUGCAUGAGCUUUAGAACUCCAUCUGAAGUAAAUCGGCACCUCAUUAGUGACAAUUCUCCCCUUAUGCCCGUAUGAUAAAUGGAUGCUUCAGUACACUGUUAGUUAACAAAAGUUUAGAAUGGAUUUUCACACUCAAAUAUUUCACGUCAUUGUUGCAGAUGUCACACAGCCAUUGCUUUUGGAGGUCGAUCAGAUUUAUCAUCUGGCUUGUCCUGCCUCUCCAAUUUUCUACAAGCACAAUCCUGUUAAGGUUCAUAUCUCAUCUGCAAUCCUUGCAUUGCUGACAUGAAUUUUGUUAUUGAAGUUUUAAGUUUAUCCUAGUUCCUUUGUCCCCUCGCUCAUACUUUCACAUAAUGUUCUCUUAUUUUUGGGAUUGUCUGUCUCUUAGAGAGUAUAACCAUUGCCUUAUUAAGCACGCUUGCAAUUGACUCAGUGUUCAGAGCCUCAUUCAUGCUGUAAUCUAAUUUCAUUCACUUGGUACAGAGCCAUGAUGUUCAAAAUAAGCCAACAGUAUGAUGAUAAGGUCACUACUACUAGAAUAAUAUUUCCAUUAAAGAAAGCUUAGAUUACCCCACUGAUGGUGUUCUUUUUUUUCCCAUUGGAUCUUUGAACUUUGGUCCAACAAAAUCAUGGGGAUUACAUAUCUUCCUUGCUCAAUAUGUUUACUCUGUGAAAUCUAUCUAUCUCUAGUUCUCCUUGAGACAAUCUUAACAUCAACUGCACAAAUCUUGACUUCCCCAAUCAGUCUUUUUCCAGUUCAUUCAUUUUUAUCAUGUAUUCCAUAUAUCCAGUUAUGUACUGCUGUAUUGUGCAGACAAUCAAGACUAACGUAAUAGGAACAUUGAACAUGCUGGGUCUUGCAAAGAGGGUUGGUGCAAGGUAAAGUUGUUGUCUAUAACAUGGUAUAAUUUUCUUUUCUUUUCUCAUGUGAAGUGAUCCCUAAUCCCAGUAUUGUUUGGCAUGCAGAAUUUUGCUGACGUCAACAUCAGAGGUUUAUGGUGAUCCGCUUGAGCAUCCUCAGAGAGAAGAAUAUUGGGGCAAUGUCAAUCCUAUUGGUGCUUGACCUUUCGAUUGCUAAUAUUUCUUGGUGCAUUCUUUGGCUCAUGAUCGGAUCUCAAUCUCCAUUUUUUCGAUAAUCAGAUCCCUGUGCAUGCUGUAGUCAGUAUGUUUUCCUUUGUUGCUUUUGAAAGAUACAAACAGAAUGGGUUAUUUUACCUAAUCUCAAGUGAUUAUGAAUAAGUUUACUUGUGACUUAUCAUUUUUAUAUAACAUCUUCGGUUAUUAAGCAUGAAUUCAUUGUCGACAGAACAUCCUCGGCUUAUGGCAAAAGACCAUCAGUGGUUAGAGUUGGAGAAUCACAAUUAUCUUAAACCCAAAAUUUCUACUGAUUUUUUGAGAAGACGAUAAAUUCUAUUCACCAGUAAAGCUUUUCCCCACUGAUUCUUUCCUAGACUCCAGUCUGAAUUGUUGCAUCCCAUCCUAGGAUAUCAAACGAUCUGAUCCCACCAAGCAAUGGCUUGACAGCAGCAUUCGACUCAGAUAUUCAAAUACGGCUGGAUGCCUUUCCUUUUGGUUAUGUUGUGCCUCUCUUUUGACUCUUCGCAGUUUUUUUUUUUUUUUCCAUUAACAACAGAAGGCAAUGUAAGACCAAAUAUCAUAAUUUUUUUGCAAGAUGAUCCUAAACAGGAUUUGCUGUCAUCACAUCCCUUACUUUAAGAACAAUCCUGUAUGAGCUGAUCUCACGAACCUGCCCGAGUUGAUUUUAGACAGAGGCUUUGUCUAUUUAGAUGCAAUGCAGAUGAUUAGCCUUUUUCAGUAGCUCCGGUGGAUUCAAAAGGACAAAUUGUCACAUGACUUCCGGUGUUAUUCCACCAGUAAUACAACAUUAAUCCCCAAAAGGAAAAGAAAAAGAAAAAGAAAAGAAAAGGUCCAUUCCACAGGAAGUUCAUCAGAUAAAUCACAUGAUCCUCAUCCAUUCAAAUAAGGGGUUCAUUAAGUAGAACGGCACUAUAGUCCCAUUGGGUAUCAGAGGAUCCAGAUGGAGAUAGAAAACUCGAUUUUUCGUUUCUUGGUUUGUCAGAACGGUUGUAAAUAUAUGCAUUACCUUUUUCUUUUAAGUAUUAUUUUUAAGAAAUUCCCUCAGUUAUAAUGUUUAGAUAAUUCCUGACCAUUCUCCCAUGCUUCCUCACUGAGAGAGAGACUCUUUCCAUGUAAAAUGCAGGAGUCCGGAGUUGCUAUGAUGAGGGGAAGCGUGUGGCGGAGACCCUAAUGUUCGACUACCACAGACAACACGGAAUAGGCAUAGUCUUCCUGAUUUAUUUUUCUUUUAAUUACCCUUUUCAUUAGUAGAAUUGGAUAUAUACCAGGGUAGGCACAGUCUUCCUCGACAUGCUCCUGGGCCCACAUCAUCGAUGCAUCAUCUUCUUAGAAGUUGUCUCAUCGGCCCUCUGCAGAAAUUCGCAUCGCCAGGAUCUUCAACACGUAUGGGCCACGCAUGAACAUCGAUGAUGGCCGUGUGGUCAGCAACUUCAUAGCCCAAGCCCUCCGGUGGGCCCAACUAAUCUUAGUACCGCCAUAUAUCUCCCAAAAUACGCACUUGCCCCCAAAUUUCUCACCUUGACGGCCUGCUUGGGCUGGAUUUUGCAGGGGCGAGCACCUGACCGUCCAAGCUCCGGGAACGCAGACCAGAAGCUUCUGCUACGUCUCUGACAUGGUAGCCGCUCCGCUCUUCCUACCAUCUGUCUCAAGGAUUGCUCUGUUCUGGCUAUGGAAGUGGCUGCUGAUGCGCAUAUUUAGUUAUUUAUUUAUUUAUUUAUUUAUUUAUCCUUUUUUGGUGUUGCAGGUGGAUGGCCUCAUUCGACUGAUGGAAGGGGACAGCACGGGUCCUGUCAACCUCGGGAACCCCGGUGUGUUUCCUUAUUUUCACAUUUUAGCAUAGAUAUAGAGCUCCUGGGUUAGAUUUAUUUUAUUCCUGAAAAAGAAUGUGUUUUUUAUAUUUGCAUUGCCCUUGGAUUGGCUGCUAUUUCCUCUGCCCUUUUCUUUUUGCCUUUUUUUGACCCAUAUUAUCAAAUGCUGAUUCCAGUUUCUGAUUUAUUUAUUUAUUUAUAAAUAAAUUAGGUGAAUUCACGAUCAUGGAGCUUGCCGAAACUGUGAAGGAGGUGAGUCUUUACCAUUGUUGGCUUCCCUUAAACAUAAUUCUCAUCCUGUUCAAGCCACGUGUGUGUGUGUGUGUGUGUGUGUGUGUGUGUGUGUGUGUGUGUGAGAGAGAGAGAGAGAGAGAGAGAGAGAGAGAGAGAGAGAGGACUAGCCCAUGGUAAUCUAGGAGAGAUGUGUGGCAUGAAAAAUGAGUUCCAAGCUGUUGACAUCCAUCUACAUACAUAAAUAUGGAGAUUAAGUUCCUUCAACCGCAUAUAUUUAUAUAUAUAUAUAUGUAUGUAUUAUGACGUUAUCUGUCACUAGGGAAAGAACUAUGGAUGGUGAGGUAGAGUUUUGGGAGUUGAUAUCAUCCUCUGUUGUUUCAGCUGAUCAACCCGGCAGUCAAAGUGACGGUCGUGGAGAACACCCCGGACGAUCCGCGGCAGAGGAAGCCGGACAUCUCCCUGGCCAAGGAGCUCCUGGGGUGGGAGCCCAAGGUCAACCUCCGCAAGGGCCUCCCUCUCAUGGAGGAAGACUUCAGGUCCCGCCUCGGCUUCCCCCGCCGCCCAUGA